AUGGCACACAGUUUGGCUGCGAUACUUUUGCUUAAUUGUAAAACUGGCUUAAUGAAUAGUUUGAGAAAGGAGUUGCAUUUAUCAUCAAAUUUGGCUACUCCAACUGUUGCUGAUUUUGAAAGCUUUAUUAGACGAGUUGCUUUUCUUGUUUGUGUGCACAACUGA